AUGGGAUGUCGAAGUCUGCAAUCAAUUUCACAUCAAAGUGGACAAAAAUGUCCCCCUCUUUCUCUUCGACGUUUGACUAUUACGGAUUGCUCUGAGCUGAGCUGCCUACCAAGUGAAAUGAUUGAGUCCACCAGGUGUCUAGAGCUUCUAAGCGUGACUGGAUGCGAGAAACUCAUUUCUUUUCCAAUAGAUUUGGGGGAAUUGCCUUGUAUUUCGGUCUUAUUCAUAAACAGUUGUCCUGAAUUGAGGAGUUUGCCCAAGGGAAUAGGCCGUUUUAGCAACUUAACAGAAUUGGACAUUGGUGGAUUCUCAGAAUCAAUUGAUUUCAACUCAUUCCAAGCUGCUCUCGACUGCAUCCAACAAUCCAAAUCUCUCAGGGAAUUGAGUUUAUAUGGUUGGGAACAUUGGGACUCAUUACCAUAUCAACUUCAGAAUCUCACUUCGCUCCGACACUUAAAAUCAGAGGGUUUUGGAAUUGAAGCAUUGCCAGAGUGGUUUGGGGGUCUGACCUCUCUUUUUGUAUUAAUCCUGUGUAAAUUAAAAAAGCUCAAGCAUAUGCCCUCUAAGGAAGCGAUGCAACGCCUCACCAAGCUAAAAUAUUUAGAGGUUACCCACAGCCCAUUGUUGGAAGAAAGAGGCCCUGAUUUUGAGUGGUCAAAGAUUUCACAUAUUCCUCAUAUACGUGCAAAGGGGCAAACGUGGUUAAAGAGGCCACGUAUGGCAGGAGGGGGCUUGGCGGUUAUGUGGAAGGAAGAGUUGAAUGCGUCUAUUGUUAAUUUUUCCAGUAGCCAUAUUUCUCUGCACAUUAAGAACCACUUUUCUGAUUCUCCUUUGGUCCUCACUGGUUUCUAUGGAUCCCCUGUCACUGGUAGAACGAAGGAGAGUUGGCGGCUUCUGGGUCGAUUGAAUCCUGGUAGGCAGAUCCCAUGGUUGGUAAUGGGUGACUUCAAUGAAAUCACCAAGCCGAGUGAGAAGUUCGGGGCAGCCGUGAGACCUUUCUCUCAAAUGAACAGUUUCUGCAAGGUUAUUGAUGAAUGUGAGCUCUCUGAUGGGGGUUAUGUUGGACCCAAAUUUACCUGGAGCAAUAAGAGGGAGGGAAAUCAGUUCACAAAGGCAAGGUUAGACAGAGCACUUGUGAACCCUUCUCUUUACAACAUAUUCAGCAACUGUGUUGUGCAGGUUCUCCCGGUGGUUACUUCGGACCACAACCCACUUCUAAUUAGUUGCAACAACGAUCACAUUAUAGGGACUUCCCGCCGUACGACAGUGUUCCGUUAUGAAGCAGCCUGGUCCGGAAAGCAGGAGUGCAUUGACAUUGUUGGGAAUGCUUGGGCAACCCCUUGCGAUCAACGAAGUCCUCUUCGGUGGUUUCAAGAAGAAGUUGCAAUUGCUACAGAAAAUCAACAAAGGGGAACUGAAUGA